AUGUCUUGGCUGCUUCUAGGAUUACAUAUUUCCCAACUGGCCCUUGUCCACAAUUUGAGCCCGGGUGCCAUCGGUGCUGAGGAGCAGGCGGGGGGCCCUUGGAAGGGCUCCGCCAGCGCGCUAACACGCACCCGACCUGAACUGGAAACAACCAAAGGAACGUUCCGAGCUGAGCUUCAACCUUCUUCCUCUCUCAUCGUCACCUCGCCUUGGCCAUUUAUGAACGACAUAGUAAGGGCUGAGGUUAAGUCCCAGCGAACCCGUGCCGAGCCGCGAACGUCUGCACCAGAUCCCAAGAACCACGACUCUUUUUCUUUCACGAUCCCAUCCUUACCAAAGUUGAUUUGCGUCAUCAUCCUUGAAUUGGUCAUCCGUACGGGAUGUCUCCCUUCAAUGCUCCAAGAUCUAAUCUCAUCCCGUCUCAUCUCAUCUCAACUGCCCAAGCACGCUGCCAAUAUUAUCCCAAACAAGCAUCCAAAUAACACAACGCGGAGUCUUCCAUAUUGGAUCCGUAGAUCCACCAGCCGGAUGACCGAAAAGAGAAAACAGCAGAGACACGAACAUACCCCUCGCGGUCUCACUUUCUCGACUGAGACAUGGGGAGAUCACUUCUUGAACCCCCCUCCAUCUUACGGUAUUCACAUCCAAUGUUACAAAGCAUACCACGACACGUCAAUCAACUAA